GAGCUGGCAAGGCCGGAAUGUUGGACUUUGGGAACCGCGCGGGGCUUAGCAAAGGUGUGCCAGUGGCGCAGACCAGGCAGUGCCCUUUAUAAGCGUCCAGUCCGCGCCGCACUCGUAGGCAACAAAGUGGCAGCCCCAGGGUCCUCAGCGACCUGAGGUGACCCUUAAAAUGGACCCCGGAGAGCACGGAGGCGGGAAGAGGGUGGUACCCGCAGGUUGAAUCCCGCACCUCCGGGCUGAACGCCCGGGCACCCUGGGAUGGCCAGUGGGGUCCUGAGGGACGGACUUUAUAUGAACGUAUUUUGCAGAUUCUUCCUGCUACCCCUCGGGCUUUUUUCCUCCUCUCUUUGCGGACCUGCUUUGGGCUCAGUAUUCGCAUGGACACUUUGUCCUCUGAAUGUCCUUCUAAUCAUCGUGGAUGACCUGCGCCCCUCCCUGGGCUGUUAUGGGGACAAGGCCAUAAGGUCCCCAAACAUUGACCAACUGGCAUCCCGCAGCCUCCUCUUCCAGAAUGCCUUUGCCCAGCAAGCAGUGUGUGCUCCGAGCCGUGUAUCCUUCCUCACUGGGAGGAGACCAGACACCACCCGCCUGUAUGACUUCAAUUCCUACUGGAGGAUACAUGCUGGAAACUUCUCUACCAUCCCCCAGUACUUCAAGGAGAAUGGCUACGUGACCAUGUCGGUUGGAAAAGUCUUUCACCCUGGAAUAUCUUCCAAUUAUAGUGAUGAUUCUCCAUAUAGCUGGUCAUUUCCACCUUAUCAUCCCUCCUCUGAAAAGUAUGAAAACACCAAGACAUGCAGGGGGCCGGACGGACAGCUCCAUGCCAACCUGCUUUGCCCUGUGGAUGUGGCGGAUGUGCCGGAGGGCACCUUGCCUGACAAACAGAGCACCGAGCAAGCUAUACGGUUGUUGGAAAAGAUGAAAACAUCAGCCAGUCCUUUCUUCCUGGCUGUUGGGUAUCAUAAGCCGCACAUCCCCUUCAGAUACCCCAAGGAAUUUCAGAAGCUGUAUCCCUUGGAGAACAUCACCCUGGCUCCCGAUCCCCAGGUGCCUGCUGGCCUCCCUCCUGUGGCCUACAACCCUUGGAUGGACAUCAGGCAGCGGGAGGACGUCCAAGCCUUGAACCUCAGUGUGCCCUAUGGCCCAAUUCCUGUGGAUUUUCAGCGGAAAAUCCGCCAGAGCUACUUUGCCUCUGUUUCGUAUUUGGAUACACAGGUUGGCCACCUUUUGAGUGCUUUGGAUGAUCUCCAGCUGACCAAUAGCACAAUCAUUGCAUUUGCCUCAGAUCAUGGGUGGGCUCUAGGUGAACAUGGAGAAUGGGCCAAAUACAGCAAUUUUGACGUCGCUACCCGUGUGCCCCUGAUGUUCUAUGUUCCCGGGAGGACGGCUCCGCUUCCAGAGGCAGGAGAGGAGCUUUUCCCUUACAUCGACCCUUUCGAUUCUGUGUUGGAAUCGAUGGAGCCAGGCCGGCGAGUCAUGGACCUGGUGGAACUUCUCUCUCUCUCUCCUACGCUCGCGGGACUUGCUGGCCUGCACGUCCCACCUCGCUGUCCUGUUCCCUCGUUUCAUGUGCAGCUGUGCCGAGAAGGCCAGAACCUUGGGAAGCAUUUUCAACUCCAGGACCUGGGAGAGGACCCGCACCUUCGUGGUAAUCCCCGUGAGUCUAUUGCCUAUAGCCAGUACCCCCGGCCCGCAGACUAUCCUCAGUGGAAUUCUGACAAGCCGAGCUUAAAAGAUAUAAAGGUCAUGGGCUAUUCCAUACGCACGAUAGACUAUAGGUACACUGUGUGGGUUGGCUUUGAUCCCCGUGAAUUUCUGGCUAAUUUUUCUGACGUCCAUGCAGGGGAACUGUAUUUUGUUGAUUCCGACCCUCUGCAGGACCACAACAUGUAUAAUGACUCCCAGGGCAGAGACCUUCUCCAGUCAUUGAUGCCUUGAGUCUUGCCAAGCACUGAGGAGGGCGUACGUAAUGUGCUCCCUUCCAGCUGGGGAGAGGAGGAGUUAGAGCUGGUUAUUUGGCGAUUACCCACAAUAUUGGAAGCAACCCGGGGGUAGGCAAUCAAAGCGUGCAUCAACAGUUUGGCCUAAGAAUAUGUAAUAGCCCAGCCCUUUGAUUCUUUAUUGAGUCUUCAUUUCUACUUGGUGAUCAGACUGAACCAUUCUUUCCCAUUGUGAACAAUCAUAGCUUAUUUAUCGAAUGGAUAAGUGUAAAGUGAGCAAAUGAAAAUUGUCAUUCUUUUAGACAUCAAGACCAUAAUAACCUAACAUAACGCUAUAGUCAAGAAAUACUGGAAUUAUUUGCAGAAUUUAGUGCAUUUCAAAAAGUAACCGUAUGUCACAUGCUGUUUAACACUAAGUUCCUGGUUGUUUUGUUUAUAAUUUAAUUAUUUAGCCCAAUAUAUUCAAAAUAUUAUGUCAGUAUUUCAGGUUUCUUUUUAAAAUGUUAAAUAAUAAUGCCAGAUGCAUUUAAGUCUUAUCUUCAAUUUUUGUUCUUAAGAUUGCAAAUUUUCAAAAUCCAAAGGUAAAAUAGGCAUGAAGUGAUUAAUGUGGAAUCUAGGCAUGAAGUGAUUAGUGUGGAAUCUCUAUAUCAAAUGGUACGUAAUGCUCAGUAAACCAGAGGCAUGAAAUGUAUGGGAAAUUCAGUUAAAAAUGUUCAAAAAAAAUGUUCAGAGAUGUCUGGCCCAAGUAAUAAUUUGUUAGCAAGUAAUAUGACCCUUGACCUCAGAGAUCACCUCUUGAAAGGCACUGUUAUGUGUUACGUUAUACCUGUAUCCAUGAAUUGAGUCACUCAAAACUGUUAAGUGUUUUCCUUCUUCAGGAAUAGUUGGUUGCAGAUAUCCACUUAUCCAGGAGGCCAGAAAUAUUUGACUUUUAAUUGCUGAUUAAAGACAACACUAAUUUUAUUAAAUUCUAAAUUAUUUUGAGAAUUGUUAAAACUUCAUUAGUAUAAUAUUAGGUGAUUUCUAAUCCCCUGGAAUGUAGUUCCGUGUUCCCCAAACAUGAAAGUAACCAGAAGGCAGGUGGUAGUAAUAAGCUUAGCCUAUUAAAGAGGGUGGGAUCGUCACAACUCCUGUUAAUAACAGUGGAAGCUGAUCAGCUAUCAGUAGUCAUCAGAGGAGUCAACCGCAUUCUAAAUCAAUAUCAUGUGUAGUCCUGUAUCAAAGUGAGUCAUUUCUAGUAAUUGUGUCUUUUAAGUGCAUCAGUGCUUAAUGGUAAAUGCUUGUGAAACAAACUUCAGCAAAUUAGGUUAAGUUACUUCUGUGUAUUAAAUUGUAACAAAAAAGGCAAGAUAUCAUGUUAAGAGAUUACUUCAAAUCAGUAGUUUCGACGGUUUUUUGUUUUUGUUGUUUUUUUUACUAAUUAGCCUACAGUAGAGGUGCAUAUGGUAACACAAUGCUCUUCUAAUUGAUUGUGACUUAGUGUCCCGGCAACAACGGUUUCUAGUUGAAGAGUGAAGGGCCCUAUUCAUCUCUCCUGAUCCUGAGGCUCAUCUUUCUUCUGGAUGCCUACGCUUUACUUGUCGGUGGGUUCCCUGGGCCUUUUAUUUCUCCUUCUUUGUCCUUUUUACCGCUCUCAUCACUUCCAUGAAGAUUUUUACAAUCCAGUCUGCAAAUUCCUCGUGACAUAUGUUCAAUGUGUUUAGCUUUAUCUCCUCCUCCACAGUUACAAUGAUAAGUUUGAACACAGGCCUUUAUCUCACAUCCGUGUGCUGUGCCUGUUGGCUGCAGUAUGUACACUUCCUCAUUUUUUCUCGCUCUAUUUCUUGAGGCACAGCUUUAGUGUCAAAAAUCGCCACGUUCUGCUUUCGCCGAAGUUGUUAGCUGAACUGCGCCAGAAAAGAGUGAAGUGGCAGAUACAUUGGGUGUGCAGCUGCUGUUUUGGCCCGUAAUUCGCCAGGGUGACCAAAGCCAUAUCGGAGCCGGGUCCACGUGGGGGCGCUUUUGUGUGUGGAUCCGCCUCUACCGGAAGUGCUUCUGUCUCGUCUCUCCUACUUGAGCACGCGGCGUCAGAGUGCUCCUUGGCUUUUAGUUUUUCUUGGCCUUCCCUUUACAGAUCUCUCCCUUUAGAAGUUAAGGCUGCGUUUCACAUUCGAUGGGAUGCACAUACUCUCACAGGUUGUGGGGGGGCUUUCUAUUUUUGACACCGAACCCAAUUUAGAGCCACUGUUUGUUUCCUUUUGCACGUCUCUGGCACACGUUGGGAUGACUAGCCGCUUUCUGGGUUUCCGAUGUCCAAGCUGACCACGUUCCUUAUCUUGACUCGGCCUAGAGUAAGCAUAUCUUUGUGGCUCCAUGUGACCUUUCUCUGAUCUCACUGAGCUCGACGUGUUUUAUUAAUGGUUCCACAGUCACUUUAUUUGUAGAAAGCCCCAUAUCACCUGAGCAGGGGUUCUUUGAUACAGUUCAGUUGAAACCAGACUAGUGACCCAAGAAAGGUUGAGUGGACCUGUCUCCAUGGCUCACAAACAUGAGGGUACGCCAGAACCACCCGAAGCCUUGCUAAAAUCCAGCGUGCCAGACCCUGCCUGCCGAGGUUCUGAUUCAUUGCAUCUGGGGUGGGGCCUGAGAAUGUGCAUUUCUUACAAAUUACGCUGCUCCCCCGAAGGCCACACUUUGAGAAUCACUGCCCCUAGUUGUGUGCUGUCCAGUGGCAACUAGGCACAUGCGACUGUUUACAUUAAUUAAAAUGAAAUAAACAUUUCCGAAGCAGAAUCGAAGUUGCACUUGCCUAUUUCAAGUGCUCAUCAGCCCUGUAUGAUUAGUGGGCACCAUAUUGGAUAGCACAGAUCUAGAACCUUUCCAUCGUGGCAGAAAGUGGAACAGAGCUGCCCAAGACUAACUGCGUGAGCUGGGUCCACCUAGCUGUUGGCAAGUCCCUCCUGUGAGUCGAUUCUGCACCCUAGGUUUGCAUGCAAAGACUUGUCUGGAGGCGAGCCAGGGAUGUCAGGUUGAAGCGUGGCGCCGGGAGCGCCCUCUGGCAAUCGGCUCUUUCCUCCCCCACCGCUAGUGCCAUCACCAUCUCCCCAGCCCUUCUCACCUCCUUCCGAGUAGCUUACCUCCCCCUCCUCUUUCCUCCCUUGCCCCUGAAGAAUCCACGUGUCUUCCUGAACUCCCUCUUUGAUCCUGCCCUUUGAGAACACCGUCAGUGCCUACUACUGGGUCUCCUCAGACCUUCGUUGAGCAGUCAGAGUCUUCCCUGACUCCACAAAGCCCCUUUCCUCGGCUGACCAGUUUUCAUACUGGUCCCUGACUCUCCCUGGCCAAUCCCUACCUCCUUGCCCACCCCUAGGUUGUCCUACCCCCCCCCCCCCGUCCAUUCAUGACCAUUCUUCACAGCCACUCACCUGCUCCCAUCUCCAAGAAGCUGAGGCUUUGUGACUCUAGAGUGUGUCAUGGCAUGAAAUGAACAGGAACAUCACUAAAGAAUCUUAUGGCUGCUUUGGAAAAAGGUAUCUUUUUCUGAACGCAAAAUUAAUGUGUUAAUUACAGAAAAAUUGGAAAACAAAUACAGUAAAAGGUAAGAAUAUGCAUCAGUAUUUUGCCCCAAGAUGGUCACUGAAUAUCGUGUCUUCUCUGGGGUAUGAAUGUUUUACAUUGCUGUGAUCAUGCUCUGUGUUUUAUCGUGCAGUUUUAUAUUAUUUUUUUCACUAAGUAUUAUGUGUGGUUACUGCAAAUUUCUGCAGAUACUUUAUGAUGGUGGUAAUAUACUUUGUUGUGUACUUUUACCAUAAUUUACUUAACCUUCUUUCAAAUUAUUGAAAAUUUAGCUUAUUUCCCGAUUUCCAGUAUUGUAAAUAAUGCUGUGAUGAACAACUUUGUGAAUAAAAUGUUUUUAUGUACAUCAAA